GGAUUUUUGAGAGUGUUUUUCUCUUCCGAAGUUCCCUCAAACUUAACGCGCCAAUUUCAGGGAGGUUGUCUAUUGCAUAGACAAGCAUGGGAGCCUAUAUGUCUAAACCGAAAACAGAGAAAAUCUCUGAAGAUGGGGCGAAUCAAUGGAUAUCUUAUAGCUCCUGUUCUAUGCAGGGUUGGAGAAUGCAUCAGGAGGAUGCUCACAACUGCAUACCUAAUUUCGAUGCAUCACGAGGUAUUUCCUUCUUUGCGGUUUAUGAUGGCCACGGUGGAUCAGAAGUGGCACGAUAUUGUGCAGAAUACAUGCCUGAUUUCCUAAUGAAACUUCCUUCUUAUAAUAAAUUGGAUAUGAAGGAAACCUUAAAGCAGUUAUUCCUUGAUUUCGACGCUACAUUAGUAACUCCUGAAACUAGAACUGUUUUAAGUAAAAUGUCAGAGACAGACAAAGCCGAUAGUUCAUCAGAAAAGGAGUCACCUGCUCAAGUCCAUUAUGCUGCUGAUAUUGAUGGUGAUGAUGAUAAUGAUGGAGAGGAAGAUGAAAAUUAUUCAGAACUUUUGGCCUUGCGUGCUGAAGCAAACCAACCUUUAGAGGAUGUUUUAGAACAGUAUGGAGGAGAGGAUGCUUUACCUUCGAGCAUUAAGACUAUCCUGGAUACCCGACGUCAACAAAAAGUUGGUGAAUGUAGUCGUAAUUCAAGUAAAUCGUCGAAAAGUGUAUCAGAAGACAGUGAUUCAGAGUUGGACAAAACAACAGAUUCUUCUUGCACUAAAGUAUCCAAUACUACUGCUGACAAUCCUGUUGAAACUGUUGAACAAGGAGACUUAUCUUCUGAAUCUAGUUGUAAAACAGACAGUACUACAUUUUCUAACAAUGAUGAAAAUACAAAGAAAGAGUUAUCAAGUGGAUCAUUAGAAAUGCCUACAGAUACAAGUGUAAACAAUUCUACAGUGACCAAUACAAAGAAUGAUGUUGAUGAUGAAAGCGACGAUGAAAGUGCAGAUUUUGAUCCGUCAAUUGAAUUCGAAGAUAGCGAUGAUGACGAUGAUGAUGAAGAGGAAGAUGAGGAGGAGGAUGACGAUGAUGAAGAAGACGAAGAGGAUGACGACGACGACGAACUGACUGGUUUUUCUAUACCACGUUCUAUAGCAGACACUGAAGAAUCAGAACCUGGAAUAGAUAGUGGGACAACUGCAUGUGUUGCUGUUCUUGUACCAGUCAAUGGUGUUAUACGCUUGUAUGUUGCUAAUGCUGGCGAUUCACGAGCUGUACUCUGUCGUGGUGGUGCUGCGGUCGACUUAUCAAAUGAUCAUAAACCUGAGGAUGAAGAUGAAAAAGCUCGGAUUGUUGCAGCUGGUGGAACUGUAACACGUGAUGGCCGAGUCAAUGGUGGUCUUAAUCUCAGUCGCGCUCUUGGUGAUCAUAGUUAUAAGCAAACUCCAAAUAUUCCAUUAACAGAUCAAAUGAUCACACCAUCCCCAGAUGUUACUGAAAUAGAUUUAAUUCCAUCAGCAGAUGAAUUUUUAGUCAUUGCAUGUGAUGGAGUAUGGAAUUCAAUGACAAGUCAAGAGGUUGUAGAAUUUAUUCAAGACCGUUUACAUCCUCCUACUAUAAACAAUAGCAGUAGUGAAAACACUUCAAACAAUCAUUCGAAUUCCGGUGCUGAUGUCAGUAAAAAUGGCAAUGAUCUUGAUGAGGUCGGCAAAUUGGAUUCGUCUGAUCAACUAACAAAAAUAUGUCAUGAAAUUUUCGAUCAUUGUUUGGCGCCGAAUACCGACGGUGACGGUACAGGCUGUGAUAAUAUGACCUGUAUUAUAGUUCGUUUUGACAAUCUUCCUGGUUGGGUUGAAUAUUACGAAAAUAAAGGUAAUGCAUUAAUUGAUUCAACUAUCAUAUCAACAGUCAACGCCAAAAACACAUCGACGACAACAACACUAUCACCAAGGAAACGACCAAUCUCUCAUGAAACCUCCGAGGAUAGUAAUCAUGAUGGUGAAACACAUAUUACUAUUAAUGAUACCAAUGGAAAUAAUUCAUCUCCUACCAUUGAUAGUCAGACGACUACAAUAAAACGUCCAAAACUGGAAUUACUCCAAUCGGAGAAUUCCUUGGAACCAACAAUUACAAAUGGUAAAAGUAGCAGUGUUAACUAUUAAUGUUAUUAAUUUUAUGAAAUGAAAAAUGCAGGAAACCAAUAACAAAUGGCAGUUGCAUUUUUCUUUGUGUUUUGGUAAUUAACUUGUUUAUAAACACAACACUAUUAAUUCUAUUAUCAUCAUCAUCAUCAUUCAGGCAAUCAACUGCCAAAAAUGACUAAGAUUUGAUCAUUGUCUACGUGUUUUUAUUCUCACAAUUAUGUUCGUUCCGUUCAUUACAGGGUUAUAGCAUCCUUGGUGAUCGCUCUUUUUUUUUAAAUCCCUGUCAUUGUUUGUUGUUUUUGACAGAGAAUAAAAGAAAUGAACAUAGAGUGCAUUUAUCAUUCACUAUAAAAUAAUGAGAAUAAUCAAUAUACUACUGAUAAAAGUAGUACAUUUUCACAUAAACACACAAAUAAUUAUAUAUGUGUAUAAAUCUAAUUGUUUUAUUCAUCAUAAAUGGAAUUGAGAUCUUGUAACUUAAGUGUAAUAGUGAUAGUGACGUAUUUAUGUGUUGCUACCAACUACCACCACCAUCACCACUACUAUGUUGUUCGCCCUCCCUCCCUCCUUCGUUCUAUUUAUUUACAUUAUGUUAUCAUCGUGUUUUUUUUAAAAAAAAAUUAAAGAAAUAAUCUCAUUAAAUAUGCAACAAUUCAUUGUUCUUCGUUCAAUUCUAUUAUAUAACCAGAUGUAAUUUAAUCUUAUUCACUUUGUAACUAAAAUCAUUCUACAUUUGGGUUAUUUUUCGUUCGUCACCCCCUCCCCCCUAUCCAAACAAACAAUGCUCAAAUUGUUUUUGCAUAAAGAAAAAUUUUUUUUAUUACUCUGUAUACAUUUUUAUGUACUUGCUUAAUAUAAUUGUAAAAAAACAUGAAUACAUAAACACAAUAAGAAUAUCUU